AUGCCUGGAAUCACUCGAGCUCUUGCCGCUGGUCUGGCAGCAAGAGCUGAUACCUCGCCACUCUCAACUGUGUGCACAGUGUCGAAUGUGCAGGCCGCGCUUCCAGCGAAUGGUACACUGCUUGGGAUUGACCUCAUCACGUCCGCAGUCACAGCCAGUGCCGUGUACAACGCAACUACUGGUGGAGGAAUGAUGAAGCGUCAAGCGUCAAGCAGUUCCAGCUCGUCGUCCGAAACCUUCAACUACUGCAACAACGAUGAGGUGGUCGUCAAAUACGCAUUUCCGGUGCCAUCGAACUACAAGAGUCGCUUUUACGUGGCUGGUGGUAGUGGCUUCUCCUUGUCGAGCGAUGCGACUGGAGGUCUCGAGUACAGUGCCGCCAGCGGUGCGAUCAGCGCAGGCUACGAUGCCUUCAACUACAGCUACGAUAAGGAGGUGCUCUAUGGCAAUGGCACAAUCAAUUGGGACGCCACAUACGCACUUGCGUACACCGCGCUUGGCGAGAUGACCCGGAUGGCCAAGCAGAUUCUGCCCACGCUCUACGGCUCUUCGACUGACACAAAGAUCUACACCUACUACGAGGGCUGUUCCGAUGGACGCAGAGAAGGCAUGUCUCAAGUCCAGAGAUGGGGCGAGGAGUACGAUGAUGCUAUCACGGGCGCCCCAGCUUUCCGCUUCGCGCAGCAACAGGUCAACCAUGUCUACCCAGCCACUAUCGAGCACGCCAUGGACUACUACACACCCACUUGCGCCUCGGAUAAGAUCGUCAACGCUACCAUUGCAGCCUGCGAUCCACUUGACGGCCGUACAAAUGGUGUCAUCUCUAGAACAGACCUCUGCAAGCUGAACUUCGACCUGAGUUCGCUCGUUGGCGGAAGCUACUACUGUGCGGCUACCACGAGUUCUUCGCUCGGAUUUGGCUUUUCGAACAAGGUGAAGCGACAACCAGCCGGUAGCCAAAGUAGCUCGACCCCUGCUCAGAAUGGUACCAUCACAGAGAAGGAUAUCGCGGUGGCCCAAGCGUACUACGAUGGCCUGCACAACUCGCAAGGCGAGCAUCUAUCCCAUGCUGACCCGACCUGGGACAAUAGCACUCAAUCUUGGACUCUCAAUAGCCCGUCCACCGGCGGCCAAUACAACCUCGAUGGUGUGACCUACGAUAAUCUGGUCGAGUGGAUGACUAUCGGUUACUUCCGCUACCUCGAUAGUCUCCAGACCACGAUCCCAGACUUGACUCCAUUCCAGAAGUCCGGAGGCAAACUGCUGCACUAUCACGGCAAAUCUGACCCAAGCAUUCCCUCUGCAUCCUCUGUGCACUACUGGCAGUCUGUCCGCUCGAUCGUGUACCCCAACUCUACCGACGAGGAAGCCCAGGAGGCAUUGUCCGAUUGGUACCAGUUUUACCUCAUUCCAGGGGCUGCUCACUGCGGUGCCAACACGCUGCAGCCAGGUCCCUACCCACAGGACAAUAUGCAGACCAUGAUUGACUGGGUCGAGAAUGGUGUGAAGCCAAGCCGACUAAACGCUGCGAUCACAUCUACUUCCAACCCUUACGAAGGCGAGGUACAGCAGCUGUGCCAGUGGCCAAGCCGUCCGCUUUGGCAGGGUCACAGCUCUACAUUCGACUGUGUUAGUGAUCAAGCGUCGAUUGAUAGUUGGACUUACACCUUCCCGGCUUUCAAGGUGCCAAUAUGCUAG